UGCGUUUUGCAGCACAGCUCAACAUGUGGCAGAAGGGUGACGUUAGCUGUAGCACACAUUUUUUUACAUUAAACCCCAAAAUACUCCUGCAUGUCUGCCUGACCACGGGUCAAGGCAACUUAGAUACCUCCCACUGCAAUUUACAAGCGACAGCCCCUAAAGUCUCUAGUAGCAGGAGGCUGUAUGCAUGUGAGAAUCUGCACGUAGCAUUCAGACUAAAAAUCCAGCCCUAACCAGCAGAUGGCCAAGAGUUUACCGAAACAUCCCAGACAGGACGAAGCACCAGCAGGCAGACUCCGUGUUCAUCCUCCCAACGCUCACUGCACCCAGUCCGCCUGAGCCGAGGCCUCCGAGGAGCACAACGCCGGGGACACAUUUCUGCUACGGGAUGCUGUCGUUAAGGAUGAAGCUACCAUGUUGGUGUGUAUUGUUGCUGAGCUGCCUGCAUUCGCUCUCAGCUCACAAUGACUUCUUUACCUCCAUAGGCCAGAUGACCGAUCUGUUGUACACGGAAAAAGACCUUGUCACCUCCCUAAAGGACUACAUCAGAGCGGAGGAGAACAAGCUUGAGCGUGUCAAGCAAUGGGCCGAUAAGUUGGAUUCACUGUCAGCCACAGCCACACAGGACCCCGAGGGCUUCCUGGGACACCCUGUCAAUGCCUUCAAGCUGAUGAAGAGGUUGAACACAGAGUGGGGGGACCUGGAGAGCCUUGUGCUCAGUGACACCACAGAUGGAUUUAUUUCCAACCUGACUAUCCAGAGACAGUACUUCCCCACAGAUGAAGACCAGACUGGAGCUGCUAAAGCUCUCCUCCGGUUGCAAGAUACUUACAGACUCGAUGCCAACACCAUCUCAACCGGAGACUUGCCUGGAGUAAAACACAAGAGCCUGAUGACAGUGGAGGACUGUUACGAGCUGGCAAAAAUCGCUUACUCUGAGGCUGAUUACUACCACACAGAGCUGUGGAUGGCCCAGGCCCUGAAACAGCUUGAAGAGGGAGAGGUGUCCACUAUAGAUAAGGUGACAGUGCUCGACUACCUCAGCUACGCCAUUUACCAGCAGGGGGAGAUAGAACGAGCCCUGGAGUACACCAAGAAGCUGCUUGAACUCGAUCCAGAGCAUCAGCGUGCCAAGGGCAACCUUAAAUACUUUGAGUUCCAGUUGGAGAAGCAGAAAAAGGCUGCACAGGAUGAGCCUCAAAAAGAACCGGAGAAAGUGGAAAAAGAAACAACUGAGAAGAAGAAAAAGCCCAAAAAGAAGGCCUCGUUUCAGCUGAUCCCAGAGAGGAAAAAGUAUGAGAUGCUUUGUCGUGGGGAGGGCAUCAAAAUGACCCCCCGAAGGCAGAGUCGGCUCUUCUGUCGAUACUACGACAACGAUCGCAACCCCAUGUACGUGCUGGCACCCAUCAAACAGCAGGAUGAGUGGGACCGCCCCUACAUCGUCCGCUACCUUGACGUCAUCUCCGACAAAGAAAUUGAGAACGUCAAGCAGCUAGCAAAGCCACGAUUAAGGCGAGCCACGGUGCAUGACCCUCAAACUGGGAAACUUACCACGGCCCAUUACAGAGUCUCCAAGAGUGCUUGGCUCACUGGCGAUGAUCACCCAAUGAUUGACAAGAUCAACCAGAGAAUUGAAGAUCUCACAGGGCUGGAGGUGGACACUGCAGAAGAGCUGCAGGUGGCGAAUUAUGGUGUUGGAGGUCAAUAUGAACCUCACUUCGACUUUGGAAGGAAAGAUGAGCCAGAUGCCUUUAAAGAGCUGGGCACUGGGAACCGCAUAGCAACAUGGCUCUUCUAUAUGAGUGAUGUAGCUGCUGGUGGAGCCACAGUCUUUCCAGAUGUUGGUGCAGCAGUUUGGCCCCAAAAGGGGACUGCAGUGUUCUGGUACAAUCUGUUUGCCAGCGGGGAGGGAGACUACAGCACCCGACAUGCGGCGUGUCCAGUGCUGGUUGGCAACAAGUGGGUAUCAAACAAAUGGAUCCAUGAGCGAGGCCAGGAGUGGCGGCGACCUUGUGGCCUUAGUGAAAGUGAAUGAUGGAAAAAGAAAACAUCCCCACUCUGCCCGUCUCCCCCUUCCUUGUGAAUCACCCAGGACCAAAGAACACUGCUGCAGAUCACAGAUGAUACACGGCGUCCAAACGGCUCACUACGUCACUAAAAACACUCCAUUUUUUUUUCUUUACUCCCAUCUGUUACGCUCUGAACCCAGAGAUUGUUUGGGUUAAUGUCGAGCCCGUCGGACAGUGUUAGCAUCACCGUGACGGAUAACACGUUCUUUAGGUUGUCGGGUGGUUUUGAGAAACACUCGUGCCCUUUUCACUCCCACGUGUUCUUCUUUGCACUCUGUAUGAACUCUACAUCUGUGGUGAGGCUUUCCUGCAUUAGUGGCUGUAGGGACAGGCUUCCUCUCUGUCAGUCUGAACCUUAAAGGUACAGUUCAUUUUUUUUUAGUAGGCCUGCCUGAUUCAUUGUAUUCCUUUCAUUUCAUUAACAGAGCAUUUUGGCCUGUGGUUUUUGAGAAAGGAUUUUGUUAAUAAUUCAAAUGUCAGGGCUUCAAGCUGUUUCUUUGUAAAAUUACAGUUUAAUAUUUUCACAAAGUGGCUUUGCGACUUUGUGACUUGUGGCCGUUUGCUAUAGGUGAGCACAGGUUCACAGAAUUUCUCUUUUCUUUAAUUACAUGUGGUGGCAGUCUUUGCUUCCAGUAAGUUCCGAAUCAAAAACCAAAGUAAGUGCUCUGUGGAAGGAACGAAAGGACUCACAGCAUGUAAGAAAACAGACUCCAAAUUAAAAGAUCACAUCACACAGUCUGUCCUCAAAGGGUUUUCAAAGUCAUUUCAAUGGUCUCAUUGUGUUUGGUUUGUUGUACUAGGGCAUAACGGUGUGCACACAUGCACAAGCACACUUCCACUUCAACACAGUCCAGUCCUGCAUAGAAUUAGUGUUAUAUUUCAUGUUUAACUUGUUCCUUCUGGUUUACUCAGUGUUCUGUAAAGCACCGCAUUGACUGUUAGCUUUGGGAGCAACAACUGAACAACAAAACCUGAACAUAUGGAAACGUAAGAAAGGACAGUUUUUCAUGGUGGGAGGGAAAUGAUUCUUGUGGGUUUGUAACCGUAACAAGUGCAAACAUGGGUUUUCCAAGGAAGAAGCAUUUUAUUUAUAUGUCCCAAGCAGCCAGUUUUGUGUGUGUGUUGUUUUUAGUUCUUAAAUGAAAGUCUGACCUUGGUUUUCUACAAUAAAGACUAUUUUAUUGAUCUCAAAAA